GGUCCUUCAUCAACAAGGCGGUGACAUCAUAUGUAGAGAGGGGUGUGAAGAGGGGACAUACUCGAUGGAAGGAGAAUGUUUCUCAUGUCAUUCUUCCUGUGAGACGUGUAAUGGAGGUGGAAUCAUGGAUUGCACUCGCUGUAAACAACUUGAAGGGAAAACACAUUAUUUACUCGAAGGGGCAUGUGUUGACUACUGUCCAGCUGGUUAUUUCAAGUAUGAUCGUGAUAGCUUUCUCAUCCAUACAUGUGAGCUUUGUGAUGAUAGUUGCAAGACAUGCACUGGAUCUGGUAUUGAUGACUGCAUAGAGUGUGAAGAUGGAUUGGUGAAGGAAAGUACCCGCUGCGUUGAGCCAUCAGGUUUUAAUUGCGAAGUAGAAAAUUGUGAGGAAUGUUUAAAUGGAAACAAUGUGUGCCAAGUGUGUUUACUUGGUUUCUAUCUUGAUGGCGGUAUUUGUGGGAGAGCCUGUCCUGCUGGCAAGGUUCCCAUCUCUAACACCAGACAAUGUGAGCUCUGCCACCCUACCUGCAGGACUUGCAUGGUAUCACCAGACCAAUGCGCUUCUUGCAACACUGGAUACUUCCUGGAUGAAUUAGACAGCCUUUGCCUGACACAAUGUCCUGAGGAUACCUAUGUGAAUCAGGAUAAUGAAUGCAUAUUGUGCGAUGAUAAGUGUGCAUCCUGUGUUGGUCCGGGACCUAAUUCCUGUACUAUAUGCUAUGAAAUGGAUGAAUUCCUUUCAGGGACUUCUUGCGUGAGAGAUUGCCCAGAAGGGCAGUAUGGAGAUGAGUAUACUGGAACCUGUCGUAGCUGUCACCCUUCUUGUGUUACCUGUGCAGGCCCUGGUGAUCAUGAGUGUAAUUCUUGCCAGGAAAACUUUGAACUAGAGCUGGGAUUCUGCCAAUCUAGCUGCUCGGACAAGUUUUAUAAAGGUAGCAAUGGAGAUUGUCAUGCAUGUCAUGAAACCUGCCAGACGUGUACUGGGAGUGGUAGUAGUGAUUGUCUCUCCUGUGAUUACUACAAGUUUCUUUCUCCUGACCAUGCGUGUGUGACGGAUUGCCCCAGUAAACAUUACCCUGACUAUGAGAGCAAUGUUUGUAGAAAAUGUGAUUCCUCCUGUCUGACCUGCCUUGAUUCGGGGCCGGGGGACUGCAUCGAGUGCUCACCUGACACCUAUAUGCUUCUUCGAGAUGGGCAGCUCUGUGUUGAGGUUUGUCCAGAGGGGUAUUAUGAGAGCACAGAGCUAGGUUUCCGUGACUGUCGUCAGUGUUCCGUAGAGUGCCGGGAUUGUCACAGUAGCUACCUCAACUGCGUCAGUUGUUUUGAUGGAACUUACCUAUUCCAAGGCAGAUGUUUUAGUACCUGCCCUAGUGGAUACACAGAGGAUGAUGAAAGCAAUCAUUGUUUACAGCAUGCAAACAUUUGCCCUCUCUAUUGUGAAACAUGUGAUGACUGGGGAGACUGCACUGUCUGUCAAGAUGAGUACAUUGUGUACUUUGGGGAGUGUGUUAAAGAAUCGGACAUGGCCUGCCCUAUAAACCAAUUCAUUCUAAGCUUCAACGCUGAAGGGACAGCAACAUGUGCACCAUGUGACUCUACCUGUGGUACCUGUUUGGGGCCGGAUCCCACUGACUGCGUUACAUGUGUUAGUGACAACUACCACUUUCAGGGAAGCCGCUGUGUGCAGGACUGUGAGCCCGGCAAAUUCAAAGACAAGAUCUUGAAAGAGUGUUACGAUUGUCAUCCAACCUGUCUUACCUGUGAUGCUGGUUCCUCAUUGGAUUGUACAUCCUGCAUUGACGGCAUGGAGCUAUCACAGACUAAGAGCCAUGGAAUGUGUCAAUUUGGCUGUCGACAAGGAACCUACCUAUCUGACAACGACUGCAGCCCUUGUGAGGAUCCCAAUUGUUUUACCUGCUAUAAAGAACAGGAUACCAACCAAAAUAAAUGCCUUACCUGUGACCUUGGAUAUUUUCUGACAGGAACUGGAAAUUGUUUGAAAAACUGCCCUGAACAUACCUAUGAGUAUAUACUUGAAGAUGCAAUAGAAGGCAAUGAAUGCCGUUCAUGUCAUGAGGGUUGUGAUAGCUGUAAUGGACCGGGGCCAAACUCCUGUACCAGCUGUUUUGAUGAAAUGGUCCUUGCCAGAGGAGAAUGCAUGUGGGACUGUCAAGAAGGAUAUUAUCCAGAUGAGCAGAACCAAUGUCAGAGGUGUAACGAGACCUGCCAGACGUGUCUUGGAGGAGAGGACACAGACUGCAUGUCUUGUCGUAUUGACAAGGUCCUCCUAGACAACACCUGCGUGGAUCAAUGCGGUGAUGGUUACUUCUUAUUGAUGGAAGACAUCCCAAUUUGUCAGGAUUGUGAUGAUUUGUGCUUGAAUUGUAAUGAUUAUGGGCCAUUUGACUGCACUGCAUGUCAUCCUAAUUAUGAAUUGGAUAAUGGAGUCUGUUACAAUAGAUGCGGCAGUGGAAGAUACUAUAACAAAGAAUCAGAGACGUGUGGUGUUUGCGAUGACAAAUGCGGGGAAUGCUUUGGACCUUCACCAGACCAGUGCAUCUCUUGCAAGGGGCAUUUACGUCUAGAGAAAAAUGGUCGUAAUAACUCACAGUGUAUUCCAUGCUGUUCAGCUGCUGAGGAAGGGGAAGAGUGCUGCAAGAAAUGCACUGAGGACUCACGCAAGUGCCCCAAACCCUAUGUGGAAAAGCCACAAGUCGUCGCAAGUGUGAAGGUGCAGCACAUCGGUACCAUCGUCUUCUCCGUCAUGUUGGUUAUUGUCCUGUUCUUCCUGGUGUUCGGUCUCCUACAGGCACGGUCACACGGCAAGCUCUGCUGGAGACAUAAGUAUGCUAAGGUACCCUCCAUGAACUUCAGCAACAAGGAUAAGUAUGUUACGCUCGGCAAACCUGAUGAUGACUACUAUGAGGAUGAAGAAGACAUAUAUGGAGAUGUGAGUGAAGAUGAUGAUGACCUAGAGGAACCAGAUACUUUUCAGACCGUUGGAGUUGGAUAUCGAGGUCAGGAUAGGAAUGGUGUGAUAGACCAUCUCUAAAUGGCUUGGAUGUACUUUGUGCCUCAUGGAACUUAAGAGCUGAAUGUAGUAUUAUGAAAUUAACCAUUCCAACUGCUUCAUAGAAAUAUUACCCCUAAUUGGUAGAUCUGUUCCAUGGUACAAGAGCUGUUCCUGUGAUGUCUUUGAUGAUGACACCUUCAAACAUUUAGCAGUACAUCAACUAUACAGUGAUUCACAGGGUUAUUUCCUCUCUAUAUCUAUAUUAAUGGAUAGCAGAUCUUACCCUGUUCUUACAAGUCGUCCGACAACUGUUCAUCCAUUGACCUGCAUUCUGUAAUUCCUGCAGGAUCUGUACAGGGAUCACCCUGUUCUAGUAGGCAACAGGUUGAAGAAUUGGACAAAUUGAUAAAGAUUUGCCACUGACUAGUGAAUCAAUCAUCUAUGCUGUGUCUUAAAGUCCCUGGUAGUGUUUCAGAGGUUAUCAAUAAUCUCUGCUGAAAUAUGUGUUGCCUCUUUUGCAGUAUUUAUACCAUGCAUCUCUUACUCUGUAAGCAAAAGGGAUCUUUGCUUUGGGGCUGUUGGAAAUGUUUAUUUUGAUACACAGACGUUCAGUCGAUAAAGGUGCCUUAUGUUGUAUAGAACAGCAAGAUUUUUAUGUAAGAUAUUAAUUUUAAUUGCUAUAUUUAUCUGUAUCUCUUGUUCAAGUAUAUGUGAUUAAUCAUUGUGCAGUAUAGGCAGGUUUCAUAUACUUUUUUGCCUUGUUGGUUAAUAUUUUUCAUUUCCCAAGCUAUGUCAUCACAUCUUUGUAAGGUGUCAGUUGGAGGACUGGAGAAAUGAAUAUUCUAUAACAGGGGAUGUUUAAAAAAAGAGUUCAGUCUGAAUGAAUGUCAUGCUCAAGUGUCAACACAUACAGGAUAUGUAACACAUAAUCUCAGAAAUUAAUAAUACCCUUGUCCCAUCAGUAUGACCUGACUAAUGUUCUGAUGCAUUAGUUACGGCAUGCAACAAGGCAUUUGAUCAGUUGUGAGUUUUUGUCAGUCUUAUAUCUUUGUGUGAAAUAUCCCUAAUCAAAAUAUGAUAACAUUGUGUAGUAUUAUCAUAGGAUGGAUUAAUUCAACCCCAGGGUAAGUAUGUCCUCUGUUUUUAUGAAGUGCCCGUUGUCAACCCUCUCUCUUGUAAAAAUACACAUGGUAAUUGUAAAAUCAUCUCAACAUUCCCUGUAAAGAAGAGAGUGUUGUAGAUGAGUUUAAUGUGUGGAGUUGAACAUGAUAAUAUAUAUGCUUCUUGAAUCAGCACUUAUUCAUGGAGACUCAAUGUCUCGUGAAAUUUAUGUCUUUGUUUGUCUUCUCCAUAGUUUUGGGAAAGGACUUCAUUCUCAAUUGGAAGAAAAGAGCAAAAUCAAGGAUAAUAAAAGGAUAAAAAAGAGGUUAAAUCUGCAUUAUCUAGAAUUAGUUAAAGAAUUAAAUGUAAGGUGUAUGAUAUCAUGCACCAACCGGUCAGGGUUGCCAAUGUCAGCUUGGUUCGUAUCAUUUCUGAUGAAUUUUCCUUAGAUACAUUGAAAUAAAUAGAAGAAGAAGAAAAAAGAAUGGCUUAAUGAUUUGAAUGAAUACUUAAAUGAUGUUGAAAUGUUGAAAGAUCUGUAGUAUGUCAGUAUAAUGGUUGUAUUCAUAUUUUAUGAAGGUUCAUUAAAUGUAUAUUUUGUAUUCUAACUCUAUAUUGACAAGUUUUGAGAUGUGGGUUUAUGAAGAAUCCCAUUUUUCUCUCAUGUGAUUUUUCUUUUCUUUUUGUAAUUUGAUAUUGAUUUCUUUGUGCUUUGUGUUGAGAAUGAAUUAUAGAUGCAUAUAAGUUUGGAUUAAUAAUUAACAGUACUUGGGUGUUUCCUUCUCUAUUUGCAUUUUGAUUUAGAAUCAUGCUUAGGAAAUAACUACUUACUAAAUAAUCAAUGUGUUUCAAUAUGAAGCUUCAUCAAUCAUGUAUAACUCAAUAUAAUUUACUCUACUUUUUAGUCCAUUUAGCUAAUUAACCAUGUGCCUCAAGAUAUGUUGUUACACUGCUAGAAACUGUAGCAAUAUGCCGUUUUAAAGUUAUGUAAAAUGCGACAUUUAAAAUUCAUGUAGAAUAUUCAUCAGGCCCCGGUUACACCAAGGCUUACAACGAAUUGCAAAUAUGAAACAAAAUAUUUCUGAUGUGGUGCUUUAUUGAUUGACCAUUGCUAUUCAGCAAUUAAUUGCAAAUCUUAGAAUUAUGAGGCAAUGAUUAUAUCUUAGUUUGCCCAUGAGAAAUCUAUAGAAUGGUAGAGAUAAUGUAUUCAUGAAGACUUUAGGCUAAUCUACUGUUCCAACAAGGAAUUUCUUUUUAAUUUUAGGUUUUCCUUCUCAUCUUUCCGCUGAAAUUAUCAUUGUGCCACCUGUUCAAGUACUUCAUUUGUAUUCAGAUUGUAGAAGUAUUCAUUUUUUAAAUUCAUUCCAUCCUAAUGUACAGCUUUGAUUAUCUGUAUGUAUCAAAACGCCAUCUACCGUCAAUCAAAUGUUUGUGAUAUGUUUUGAAUAAGGGGGAUGCAUUAUGUAUUCCAUCCUAAUUUUCAUCACAAACUGACUUUGUAUUUGAUACAAAUAUACAAUAUAUCCACAGUAUCAGGUGGCUCAUGGCCAAAUGUGAAUUGAACAACUUAACGGCUUCCAUACUUUUUAUAUUUUAUUUUAAAAAUUAUUUAUUACUUAAUAAGGUUUGAAAUCCAAUCCGUCAGAGUAGUUUUGUGAUGGAACUUCCAAACUUAAAGGCCUAGUCCAUCUGAACAUAAAGUUGAUGUGCUUAAAUAGAGAGAAAUGAGGCAUACACUGAAUAUUUAAUCAUUUUGGGUAAGAAUAAGAAUGUUACAGUACUUUUUUGUGUAAAAUGGGUGGUAAGCAAAUACACAAGCUGAUAAUCUUAACAUUCACUAAUCUGUAUUACAUGUAUUUAAAAUAUAAAAUUAUACAUUUUUUUAAAGGUUUGAUGAAAGAGAAGCUUUCUAUUAGAAAGGGUGUCAAUUGUAAUAAAUUCAAGUUUAAUGAGGAGCAUGGUGUAUCUUUGAUCCAUCAGUCUAGGGUUUGAGUGGGCAGGGAUUUCGAGGGCAUGUUUUAAAUCCCACUGCUGCCACCAAUAAAUGACAAGAUGUCAUUCAAGGAAUACUUUAUACUCUUUCUUGAUUGAAUACAGCCACAGCAGGAAGGGGUAGCUCCCACAGUGCAUCAACAAUGCUGGUAACAACAAUAGUUACUUUGAAAGCCAAAGUGACACAAGGUGGUGCUGUCACAUAAAUAAUGUAACCAAGAUAUAAUGGAAGUUUAAUUUGUUUUUAUUUAUUCAAAUCAACAUGAUUCAAAUAGACUUGGCCUUUAAAGACUGUUUUUGAAAAUUAGUCAACAAGUACUUGUUUCCACCAAAGAUUUGUGGUUUAGUAACAUUCCGAGCCAGAUUUUGAUAUGUAAAUUUAUGAACAGCUUUUGAUUGUUAAAUUAUUAGAAUUCCAGAGCUCUUUCACUAAUCAUGUACUUAUUGCUAGAUGUAAUUUGUUGUGUACUUUUUAAUAAUAGACAGGUUUACAUUUGAGAUGCAGACACUUUGAUGUGGAAUCAAUAUCAAACUUUUCUUGUAGGCUAGAGUCACAUCUUGGCACAUUUGACUUCUGUUAUGUUCAAACACACAUACAUGUGGGCAUACCCAACAAAGCACCUUAACCUGAUAUCUAACUUGUAAGUUGGAGUCUUAUAUCCUGACACCUUAGUGUCUGGAGGGAACAAUUGAUUCUCAUUGAAUUACACCAAUCAUUUAAUUGUUUAUGCCUUGAUAUAUCAUCAAAUCAAAGCGAUUUGUUAAUAUCUUUAAAUUUCUGUUUAAUCUUUCUGCACAUACAUUGUAUAGGUAUGCCAAAGCGUUACUGUCAGUGUCUGCACAGGUUAAUCACUCUUCACAAAGUGCAAAGUAAAAAUUGCCUUUGUUUUGUGUACAAUUUACUAUAUGCAGCAGUCGGCACAAAGGUGUGAGCCUAGUAUUAGCCUGUGUUGUGAUGCAAAGUUGCUUUAAAUUUCAUGAAAACACAAUUUAAUGUUAUAGCCCUCUUGAUUCAUGUGCAAGGAGGGAAUCAAUACAUAUUGGCGUAUUCAUUGUUUCAAUCUCAGUACACUCCCUAUGUUGUGUGAUAUAAAGGUAUCAUAACUACGGUCAAUGAGGGGUUCAGAAUUGUGAGCAUGAUGAAUUGACUCAGAACAAUUGUGAGAAAUUAGGGAGUGCAAGUGAGAAGGGGAGUAAAUGUCUCGCAUUGGCCAAAUAAACAUGACAUAGUAAUUGUAUCACAAAUUUAAAGCCACUUAAUAAUUGCAUGUAGGCAUGAAAUAAUGAUUCGCCAUCUAGUGAUUUUGUUACCUUAUUUGUAGCUUAUUGCUUGUAUUAUGUUUUAAUGUGAUUGCUGUAAAUUUUUGCAGUGUAACUCUUUUCUUUCAAAUGCUGGUAAAAGGACCAAAUUUAUUUUAUUUCUGUUUCUUUUUUUUCUGUCACAAAAUUGUACGUAUGUAAUGAUGACGAUAUGAUUAUUUGAAGAUAUAGUAAGAACCAUGUUGAUAAUUAGCAGCAAAUUUUCAUCCAGAUCAAUAUUUGUUUAAGAUUGGCAAUGAAAAUGCACUGUCUUUAUUACUUGAAUAUGUGAUUAAUUACUUCUUUUUGCAACUAAAAAUAUUUAAUAAAAAGGUGGACUGGCUUUAUUAAUUUUUCAUCCUCACCUAUAAUUUUAUGUACUUUGAUUCAGACUACAGAAAUAUUGAACUUAAUUUUGUUGGAUACAUUUGAUAUUUUAUAGAUACAUUUGAUAGAUUAAAAGCACAAGAUAUGAUCAGCAAAAAAAUAAAUAAUACAUUUGUUUCAAUAAAAAAAAUACUUGUUAGUAGUAAAUUUAUUCCUGUGUACUACUGUACCAUGCAAAUUAUUUAUGAUCCCCAUACAAUUAGGAAAUGUUGAGUUUAGCAGUUGUAUUUUUCAUUUCAAUAAUUACUUUAAAGUUACUGUAUGAAUGCAUUAGUAUUUGUUCCUGUUAUUUCUAUUGUGUAUUUAUGUGUAUAUGUUAGGGUUCAACAAAUGAUCUGUGCCUCAUGAAAACCGUGCCUUAGUCAAAAUCCAAUUAAAGCUGUUAUUUUAGUACUUUUCUACUGUAUAAAUAUUUGUAGUAACCAUUCUGAUAUAUUGCGUAUUCUCUGUGCUGUUUAUAAUUUCAAAUGAUAGAUAAUAAAUGAGGUUUUAAAAUAUUAA